GUCACGUGGUCGUGGGUCUACUUUCAGUUCGUGUACAGCAGGACGGCGGUGUUGGUCUAGCUAGCAGCAUGAAGAAUAACGGGCUUCCUGAACUGAUUCCAUGCCUUGAUGUCAAGGAUCCACAGUUUGAUGGCGUUGUCGUGGUAACAGAUAGCGUGACCAAAUUAUCAGGUGUCAAUAACAACCUGGAGUGUUUAAAGGCUCCACUGGAAAGUUAUAGUCAGGUGGAUUCAUCGUUUGGUAAGGAAGUAACCCUGGUUGAUACCGACGUUAUACCUUCAAGGCGGUUGAUCUUUUCUCCAACUGGACCUCUGAACCGGGACUACGAUGAUGUGAGACGAUUUGCUGAUGCUGGGACGAAAGGCAUCCAAAGGGCACUAAAAGCUGGAUGUAAACGCCCCCUACUGGUGAGACCUAUAGACAGUAGUUUCCCGAAGGCUGGCAGCGUUACAACCCUCGCUGUACUCCAGGCUGUCUAUGUGCCCCUGGAGAUACGAGAGGAUGUCCCAGACAAGAGUCCUAAAAUCUCCAAACUUGGGGUUUGGUGCAAUGACCUUGAGCGUGUAACCCAGGGCAUCGACCUUGCCAAUGCUUUGGAGAAAGGCAGGAUCGUGACACGUGACAUUGGUGGCUCGGAUCCGGAACGCAUGGCAGCCCCGCGUGUGGAGGAGUAUGUCACUUCACUGUUCAGGAACUCAUCAGUCAAGGUGACGGUUCACGCUGAUGAUGGUCAGUUUCAAAAUGAGUAUCCACUACUGGCCGCAGUCAACAGGGCCGCUAACAAAGUAGACAGACACCGUGGUCGCCUGAUCUUCCUUGAGUAUAAAGGGGAAGGCAAGGUGGAGAAAACCCUGUUUUUAGUGGGAAAGGGGAUCACCUAUGACACUGGUGGAGCUGAUAUCAAGGCCGGAGGUGUGAUGGCUGGCAUGCACAGGGACAAAUGUGGUGCAGCCACUGUGGCAGGAUUCUUCGAGACAUUAUCGGAAAUGAAGCCAAAGGGAAUCAAAGUUAUAGGAGCACUCUGCAUGGUUAGAAACAGCGUGGGAUCAGAGUGUUACGUGGCAGAUGAAAUCAUCACCUCCAGGGCUGGGGUGAGAGUUCGUGUGGGCAACACUGAUGCUGAAGGUCGUAUGGUGAUGGCUGAUGUACUGUGUAAAUGUAAGGAAAUGGCUCUUGAUGCUACAAACCCAGAACUGUUCACCAUAGCAACACUGACCGGCCAUGCUAUCCGAGCCAUGGGGCCAAAAUAUUCAAUUAUCAUGGACAAUGGACCAGCUCGUCAGCUCAACACUGCUCGCAGCAUGCAGGAGAUCGGGGAUGUCUGGGGUGACCCCUUCGAAGUCUCAACUAUCCGACGUGAAGAUUUUGAGUUCCACACCGGAAAGUCUGAGUAUGAAGAUAUACUCCAGUCAAACAACAUGGCGUCCUCAGCCACAGCCCGAGGACACCAGUCGCCUUCAGCCUUCCUCAUCAUGUCCUCUGGACUAAGCAAGCAUGGUGUGGACUCGGACAAGCCACUUCCCUACUCCCAUCUGGACAUUGCUGGAUCCUCUGGCCCCUUCCCAGGAGUCCCCACUGCUGCACCCCUAGUUGCCAUGGCAGCCAAGUACAUUGUUCCGAGGAUGUGAUUGCUUUUUGGACCAGUUAACUACACUUGACAUGGGAUUUUGUUACAGGAACUGUCAGACUCCUAUUAUUGUAAAACGUUGUUCACAAGGUACAUGGGGUUUUGUAACAGGAACUGUCAGACUCCUAUUAUUGUAAAACGUUGUUCACAAGGUACAUGGGAUUUUGUUACAGGAACUGUCAGACUCCUAUUAUUGUAAAACGUUGUUCACAAGGUACAUGGGAUUUUGUUACAGGAACUGUCAGACUCCUAUUAUUGUAAAACGUUGUUCACAAGGUACAUGGGAUUUUGUUACAGGAACUGUCAGACUCCUAUUAUUGUAAAACGUUGUUCACAAGGUACAUGGGAUUUUGUUACAGGAACUGUCAGACUCCUAUUAUUGUAAAACGUUGUUCACAAGGUACAUGGGAUUUUGUUACAGGAACUGUCAGACUCCUAUUAUUGUAAAACGUUGUUCACAAGGUACAUGGGAUUUUGUUACAGGAACUGUCAGACUCCUAUUAUUGUAAAACGUUGUUCACAAGGUACAUGGGAUUUUGUUACAGGAACUGUCAGACUCCUAUUAUUGUAAAACGUUGUUCACAAGGGACAAGGUUGAUUUCAUUGCUGUGUAUGAUUAUGAAGGUAAUUAUACGCCUGCCAGGUUGUAAUUAUAUUUCUCAUGUAUUACUGUAAACCUACUUGCCAACUUUUUGAAAUUUCUAUGGGGGAGAUUCUUUAUGCUCAAAAUUAAAAUUAAAUGGCUGUAUACACCCUCUAGAGACAGAAUAACCCUUUAAAAUGACAUAUUUUGAGUUGUUCUUUCAGAUGAAAUCAUUAGAUCUUAGAAUAUAGGAACAGUUUAGCAAAUUCACUGGUUGAAAACACUAAAUUUAAGGGCCCAAAAUCGGGAGUCUCCCUCCUAAAUAGGGAAGUGUAAUUUCUCCUGUACUUGUAUGGGAUCAUGGGAUGUAGUGAUACUUUUCUUGUUUUAUUGCAGAUAGAAUUCCAUUGUAUUAUUUUGUGAGUGAUAAUAUUCUGUUGUGAUUGUUUUUCAGAUGUAAUUUAAUUUUAUUGAAUUAUUUUGCGAGUGAUUAUAUUCUGUAUUUUUUCCAGAUGUAAUUUAAUUUCAUUGUUUUAUUUUGAGAGUGAUUAUAUUAUACUUUUUUCAGCAUUACCACAACAGUUAAUUUGAAACUAUAUGAUUAUUAUGUACAAUUUAUACAUAUUUAGUCCCAUGUCAUUUUUAUGCAGUAAAAAAACACAUGGAAAUUGUUGUUCACCAUUCACUAAUCUAAUGAAUGUGAUGUUUUUACGAUACCAAUAGGUUGAAAUAAGGUUUUUCUUUGGUCAUAUGUAGGUCAGAAUCCCAUCCCCUGUAUAAUCAACAUCCCUGUCUAUAUUGGGUUUCAGAGUUUCAUGUGUUGAAUAAUAAAAUGUUAAUCUUGUCUAAUCCAAACGCUAUCUAUUCUAGAAACCAAAGUCUGUUAUAUCAGUGGUUGUGAAUGUGUUUUCGUGGUCAACUCUCCCCACUUAAAGUAUUUAUCUAGACGUGAAAUGGGCAAUUAUACUAAAUAAUUCAGCAUCAAAAUGGUGGUUUUCUUUUUAUACUGUUCUUACCUAGGCACUGUAUUUCAAAGUAUAUUAAAAUUGAAUAGAUAUAAAAAUGAUAUAGAAUUACUUCUUCCUGCAUAAACCUGGGCAUGUAUUAUUCAGUUAUAAAGGAAAAUUACAAAUUUAUAAAUAACACUGUACAUCAAUAAAUUUUUGUAAGAAUUUUUCCAAGUUAUCAGUGAUUGGUGAAUAUUCCAGCCGUCCAACAGGUGCACGUUUGUAUGUGACUGUACGAGAUCAGACCUAUGUUUGUAUGUGGCUGUACGUAAUCAGACCUACGUUUGUAUGUAGGUGUACGAGAUCAGACCAAUGUUUGUAUGUGGCUGUACGUAAUCAGACCUACGUUUGUAUGUGGCUGUACGAAAUCAGACCUACGUUUGUAUGUAGGUGUACAAGAUCAGACCUACAUUUGUAUGUGGCUGUACGAGAUCAGACCUACGUUUGUAUGUGGCUGUACGAGAUCAGACCUACGUUUGUAUGUGGCUGUACGAAAUCAGACCUACGUUUGUAUGUGGCUGUACGAAAUCAGACCUACGUUUGUAUGUGGCUGUACGAAAUCAGACCUACGUUUGUAUGUGGCUGUACGAAAUCAGACCUACGUUUGUAUGUGGCUGUACGAAAUCAGACCUACGUUUGUAUGUGGCUGUACGAAAUCAGACCUACGUUUGUAUGUGGCUGUACGAAAUCAGACCUACGUUUGUAUGUGGCUGUACGAAAUCAGACCUACGUUUGUAUGUGGCUGUACGAAAUCAGACCUACGUUUGUAUGUGGCUGUACGAAAUCAGACCUACGUUUGUAUGUGGCUGUACGUAAUCAGACCUACGUUUGUAUGUGGCUGUACGAAAUCAGACCUACGUUGGUAUGUAGGUGUACAAGAUCAGACCUACAUUUGUAUGUGGCUGUACGAGAUCAGACCUACGUUUGUAUGUGGCUGUACGAAAUCAGACCUACGCUUGUAUGUGGCUGUACGAAAUCAGACUUACGUUUGUAUGUAGGUGUACGAAACCAGACCUACGUUUGUAUGUGGCUGUACGAAAUCAGACCUACUUUUGUACGUGGCUGUACAAAAUCAGACCUACGUUUGUAUUUGGCUGUAGAGAACUGCUUUGUUUUGUUUAUCAGCAUGGUGGAUGAUUACGAAAUCAGAUAAAUAAAUUAUUACAGAUUGGC